GGAGACGGUGGAGGCGGUGAUGCCACGGUGCCCCUUUAUUCAUCCCGCGCCCACCCUCAUAAAUAUACUACAUCACAAACACACGCACGCACACAUCCGCACUCUCCUCCCGUGCACAUCUAUAAAAGCCAAUUAUGUGAGCGGCGAGAGCUGAGUUUCGCGCACGCAAUAACAACAACAACAACAGUAGAAGCAGUAGCAGCAGAGACCAGCAGUCAGCAGCAUCUGCAUCUGUGGCAGAAACAUAAACAGAAGGAGAGAGCAGCAGCUCGAUUCAAGAAAAAGCAGCAGCAACAAUCAACUGGAGUCGCGUUUUGUGAAGCAACAGACUGGUUGGAGCGUUCACAUAAAUCAGAGCCUCCUCUACCCAUACGCAUCCGCUCUUGCGGGAGUCUCAGAAUUGGUGGCACCGCCGGGACAUGUUUUAGAAAAGAACAAGCUCCUCUGAAAACGAAAUAAAGAUGAGUUUCUUUAGUUCGCUGCAGGAAUAUGUGAGUAAUAGCGUAGCAGGACUAAGCCUUAGCCCAAAAAGAUUUUCUUUGAGCAGGCAAGAGCCGGAUACCGGAGCCACGACGCCAUCCUCAGUAAGAAGCGCUUCAGGUGACAGCAACACACCGGGAUUCCCGAAGGUCUUGCCUGCACCAGGUGCCAGCGCUUUGGUGCAGAACCGUCGACGAACCCUCGAGUGUUUAGCGCCAGCUCCGCCGAUUCGCAGAGCCGGUUCUUUUCGUCAACGCACUCCGAAGACAACACCGGACAGAAGCACUCAAUCCUUCUGCUGUAGACGACAAUCCUGGCCUGAAGUUGAUCAGCAAAUCAAUUCUGGCGUGCAAGAAAUUGAUGGAUCGUACUUUGAAAGUUUUACGGCUCUGGCUUGGAAGCAGGAGAACCGAAGACAGAGUCUGCUAAAAGAUAAUGAGAAUUCCGUACCGGAGCCAACGAAGGAAAGUAACUUGGGCAUAGUUCCCAUGGAUUUCAGUUUAUCGCAGAGCGAAAAGGAAAAACUGUACAUUGAGAUGCUGUACACUAUCGCAAAUGCAGUCGGCGCUCCAGCUCCUGGAGGACAAUACGGUCAUUUCAAAGAGGAUCUGUAUCUUUACGGGCAAAGGGCUUUUACCAUUCCACCUGAUCGUCACUACAGAAUGCUGCAUUUGGCAGGGGAGGAAAAACCCCCAAUCGUUGUGCUGAGCGUGGUCAUAAUGGAAGCGGAAGGUUUGGAAGCUAAAGACGCUAACGGAUUCAGCGAUCCUUAUUGCAUGUUGGGAAUUCAACCCGUCGAUGCGCCUUCUUCUCCACAACCACAGCAGCAAUCAUUACCUCCUAGCAUGCCGGGAAGAACUCUCUCAGACGGCUGCUCAGAUGGAGGAUCCCCGCAGAUGCUUGGUAAUCAUGAGAAGCUAAGGAAACAUCAUAGCUUUAAACUGAGCUUCAAGAGAAAAGACGGAAGAAUGCGCGAACAGCGCGAUUCCAUCGGGUCCGCUCUUCCGGCAAAAUUCAUAAGGGCAACAUCCGUGAAACCGCACACCCUAAAUCCCCGUUGGAACGAAAAAUUUAGAUUCGACAUAGACGACAUCAACAGUGAUUCAUUGCAUUUGGAUAUUUGGGACCACGACGAUGAAAGCUCGGUACUCGAGGCCGUUAGUAAAUUAAACGAAGUUCGAGGAGUGCGAGGACUGGGGAGAUUCUUCAAACAAGUUUGCCAAUCAGCGCGACAAAGCUCUCAAGACGACUUCUUGGGAUGCGUAACAAUCCCACUUCAAGAUAUCCCAUCGACGGGUUUAGAAGGUUGGUUCAAACUGGAGGCGCGUUCUCAACGGAGCUCCGUGCAGGGGCGGAUCCGCUUGAAGAUGUGGUUGUCGACUAGGGAAGACAGAGGGAUUUCUGAAGAGGAUAAUUGGACGGAACUCAUGCAGCAUGAGAAUUUGUAUGCCACGUUUAUUGAUUACGAGCUGAGGAACUGGCAUAAGGAGCCGUGGACAUGGAGCGGGGAUCUGCCAGGACCAGCACUGACUAUCCUUCAUCAGCACGCUGUUCAGGGGGAUCUAUCUAAUCUACAAACGGCCAUCGCGAGAUUCGUCGCCGCAUCGAGGGUUUAUCUGAAGACAUCCCUGGAUCCGAAAUGGAUGCUGCAGCUGUUAACCGACGUGGAAUUGGCCUGGUCCAGCUCCAGCUUAACUAGAGAGGAGGAAAUGUGGCUAGCAGAAGCGUUCACUUCCAUCCUAGAAAGAUGGCUUCAUCAAUUAAGGCACCACAGGCAGCUGUUUCCUGCCCUUCAUACGGCCUCCUUAACGCGAUUGGAAUUCGUACUGCGGUGCUUGGCAAACCUAACUAAUAUGAAAGCGUUUUGGAAAUGCUGUCCAUUUAACAAGGAAAUUCGCGGAGAGAUCGUAGCAGCCAUCCGCAAGGGGACUCCGGAAUGGUUUGGAAAUCUGAAAAGCAGCAUCGUUAAGGUGGAUGAAUAUGAUAAUGCAUUCGUCGAGUUCUGCGCCGAAGUUUACGUCCACUUGGAACACGGCCUCUCGCAUUACCAUCCACUCUUCGAAGGCACAAAUGGUAUUCCGUAUUUCAGCGUUGUAUUCAAGCAAUUAGAUAAACUGUUGGCGGAUGAGGUUAUCGCUUUCUUGGAUCAAGGGGACCACAUCAGCGUGACGUACACCCGUUUGAUUUUUGCGGUGUAUAUGGAGGUCAAAGAUCUUGGAUCUUUCAAUCAGCAUCUGCCAUCCGGUGGUGACCACAAGCUGCUUCUACCGAAGUGCUACGAAUGGUUUGAACCAUCGGUCAGCUGUUGGUUGAAUGUGUGCAAAGGAAAAGCCUUGCAAAGAGUACGAGCCUCUGUCGAACUUCAAAGGCCGUGCGUCGGGGAGAAAUUCGUAAAGCACAGUACAUCUGCGGUCGACGUGGUCGCAAUGUUCUGUCAAUUAAGGGAUUUCUGGCGAUUGCUUCAAUGGCCUAAGGCGCAUUCCAUCCCACUUCUAUCCCAACUUCUAGAUUGCAUUUGUUCCGCUUCCCUUCUUUACGUGGACAUGAUUUACAGAACACUGGUGGAGAACGCGUAUUUCGAAAGGCUCGGACCGUUCAAACUGUCCGACGAAAUGUGCAUUUCCGUUAACAAUAUCGAAUACGUUUUCAAAUUCAUUUCCUUGCUUGAAAAUUACUUUGAUUUCAUCACGUUGGAAUCUCUGGCGCCGGAAACGCAAUCGGCCACUCUGACGAAUCAAUUGGAAAGCACUUUGAGCCAAUUGCAGUUACGCGUGAUGGACAUUCUGCAGAGAAUUGGUCCGCAAAUGCAGGAAGCGUUGCGAAAGGCCAUGUUCCAUCUGGCUUGGUCACCGGACACGCUCCCCACUAAUCAAGCGGUGGAGCCACUCUUCGAUUAUCUUCACAGCAAUUUGGUCAGCUUGAAUGUGUCGCUAUUGCCGCAGAACUUCCAACGAGUUCUUUACGAGGUGUGGGAAUACACUUUGGGCGAAUUGAAUCGGCAAAUGGAUGGUGGAGCAAAUGGAGAGGAGAUGCCUGCAAUGUUCCACGAACGUCUGCAUGCCGCUCUGGAGCUGAUGGUAGAGUUCUUCUACGCAGAUGGUCAAGGUUUGGCCAUGGAAUCGUUACAUUCUGAAGGCUUCUAUCACGUCGAGCAGAGGCUUCAGUACCACCGUACCGACACCGAUUCUUUGAUUGAGAUUUUCUACAACCAAAGGCUCCAAGAACAAUUGAGCACGAUCAACGGGCAGUACGGUGCAUUGGCGGUUCGAGCCUACUUCAACCACGAUUCCCUUUGUGUCGAGGUUUUGCAUGCACGGGAUAUAAUACCAUUGGAUCCUAAUGGCUUCAGCGAUCCGUUCGUCAUAAUCGAAUUAUUACCGUUCCGCGUGUUUCCGCACUGCAACGAACAACAAACGAACGUCCACAAGAAGACCCUUCAUCCGAUUUUUGAUGAAUGCUUUGAAUUCAGCGUUACGCUGGAACAAUGCAGAUCCACUGGCGCAAUGAUUGCGUUCACCGUCAUGGAUCACGAUGUCUUAACGGCUAACGACUUUGCCGGAGAGGCUUUCCUCGCUCUUGGUAACAUUCCAGGUGUCGCAGAUACUGGUCUAGGUGUCGACAAUUUCCAUGGCCUCAAACCAGUUGAUCUCAUCUUAAUGCAACAGCAUCAAAAGAAUCAACCGAUUCUGCAGAUCCUAGAAUCGAGAGCAACUGAUCGAUUGGCCAUGGAAUUCGUCCGUAAGCAAAGGUUGCGUUUUGCCAAAUACUGAAUCAACCAAAAAGGUCAUUUUAGGUGUCAUUUACCACUUUCUUCAAACAAAUCUGUAUACAUAUAUACAUACUAACUUUUCUAUGGGAAAAAUUAGAUUUUUCGAUGUUAUACUACAUAUAUAUAUAUAUAAUAUCAUAAAUUAGACCAAUCCAUUGCAAUUCCAUGCAAAUUUUGACGCGUUCUUGUUUAUUACAUUCCUUAACAACGCUCAGUAGACAAUCCCAUGCAAGAACAACAAAAAAAAACAACAACAUAAUAAUAAUUUAUCGAAAUAUUGAAAAUAAUUUUCAUUUGGAUUGGUCCGAUUUGUUUCAAACAUAACUUAGAUAGAUUUAAUGAACAGAAAUAUUGAUGUUGCCCCCCGUCCCUGCUUGCCUAAAAAAGGAUUCUCACUAACUAUUUGUCUUUUUAACACACACAAUAGGAACUUAUCCACUAUUGAAAACUAUCUACUAUAACAAAACAUAUCUUAUUACCCAAACAACAAAAAGCGUAGAGUGUUUUCAAAUUCCUUUCAACACACUUUAAAAAAAACAAACAACAAAAAAAAACUAUUUAUUACAAAUAUAAAGCGUUUUGUAACAAUCAAACCAUUAAUUUGCAAUUAAACGGAAGUCAAUAAUUUAAUUUAAUAA